AUGAUAUGGUCAGGAAAUAUGGGCUUUCAUAAAGAGUAUCAAUCAAGUGAGAUGACAGUGGUUCGGCGAGGCGGGGGUGGGCACGCGUGGAGAGAGGGUCCACCCUGGUUGGGUGACAUGGACAUAUACGCAAAUACAUCGACAUGGCUAGUCUCAAUGAGAUUGGUCACUGUGGCUGAAAUCGCUCGGGAGGACAUUGUUUAUUAUUAUUAUACUUCUAAAUUCCCGUGCCUAGGAGAGCACGUAAAGCCGUCGGUCCUGCGCCUUAACUCUCACUGGUCGUGUCGAGCAGUCGUCCCACCGAAGUAUGAGAGUGACAGGAAUAGAGAGUGCACGUUGUGUCUGCGCGUACACUUGUGCACUAUAAUAUCUCCUGCGCAGUUGGCUAGUCUCAAUGAGAUCGGCCGCCGUAGCCGGAAUCGGUCAGGAGAACAUCAUCGUCACUUU